ACACGACCAACAGAUUGACGGAGAGAGCCGCAUUCACGGUUGACAAACCUGUAGCUCUGUCAUUGCUGGUAUUGUGUGUUGGAGGAAGAUUGGUAUGCGGAUGCAGCCUAGAUACUGUGAUAGAUGAUUGCAUGUCGUGAUUCAAUUUAAAAAGAAGUAAGUGACGGAGGUAAAUUCUGUUGUACGGAAUGCUACAUGUGACGCGUCAUCGGGAAUUUCUCAGGCCAACUUACGCCCAGUGUUUAGAGGAGUAGGCAUACGUUCUAAAAAUUCCUGGCAGGGUGCUAAGUAAGAGACGGCUGCCACGAACCUUUCCUCCUGUCACAUUCCAGCUUCGCUCAUACUGUUUGGCCGUCAAUAUGGCAGAUAAAGUGACAGAUGAAACGCUCAAAGAAUGGCGGGAAGCGUUUUCAAUGUUUGACAAAAAUGGUGAUGGCCAUAUCAAUAGUACAGAACUAGGGACAGUUAUGCGUUCACUUGGACAGGCGCCAACAGAUGAAGACCUCUUCAAGAUUAUUCACGAUGCAGAUAAUGACGGCAGUGGGACGGUAGACUUUGACGAAUUUGUGGAAAUGAUGAUUCGAUUUAUGAAAAACAUUGACCCGGAAACGGAAAUGAGGGACGCAUUUAAAGUGUUCGAUAAAGACGGAAAUGGCUAUAUCAGUGCAAUGGAGCUGAGAUAUGUUAUGACCAAUCUUGGUGAGCGUCUUUCGGAGGAGGAGGUAGACGAAAUGAUCAAAGAGGCUGACAUCGAUGGCGAUGGACAAGUGAACUAUGAAGAAUUUGUAAAAAUGGUGUGCAAAAAGUAAAGGAUUUCAACGGAUUUCGGAAAGGACAAUGAAACAAGCUUCAUUCAGCUUUUUACAAACCAUUCCAUGAAAAUCAUGCACAUCUUGCACUGAAACGUAGACAAGGUCAUAAAUCAUACAUUGUCACGCGGGAAGGUCAAGGUCACCAAAUCAUAAAAAAAGUGAGUUGAAAGGUCAAGCUCACUACAUUAUGCAUGUUAAAUGGUCAAUGUUUUUAAUUAUCUUGGAUAUACAUUAUCACUGAAUAAGUGAUGACGUAAUCUGACCUUCGUUUGACCUUUGACGUCACACAUCGCUCCUUCACAAAACUCUUCAGUGUAACAUACAUAGCCAUGCAUACAUGUUACCUCGUUUCCUGACCUGGUGUAUUAUCGCUGCUACACGGAAUCUGCCAAGACCCUUGGAGCGAGGUUAAAUCCAGCAUAGCGUCAUAGUCAUUCCCUACCAAAGUGUGAAAAUGUAAACCCCCCCUACCAGAUUGAUGGAAAAUGGCUUUGGUUGAUAUACAUGCGAUCAGAGCAUUUGUACAGAAGACACAUUUGCAGACGUUGCUGCUUUAGUCUACAAAUGAGAAUUGUAUCUGAACCUUACAAUGGUGUCCAGCUAAGUAAGUUUUAAGUGAUGUUUUGUUUACUUGUAGAAAUCUGAUGUAUCAGUACUUUACUUUAACUGUACAAUGAACAGCUAUAAUAUAUAUGUGAAGGCAUGUGAUCUGUCACGUGUUAUUUGUAACUAUAUAUAUAUAUAUACACGCAAUCGCUAUCGACAUAUUUCACUUAAACAGAAAUUUAUCUUUCUGAUUGAAUAAUACCAUAAUGUUCCAUCAAUGCCGAUUUCCUGCCCUUUUGUUUCUUGUAGUUGCGGUGUUAAAAAGGAAAGGAUGUGGUCGGUAGUGUAUAGUGAGAUAAACAUACGCCAACAGCGAAAAAUAAUUCGAGAGUGCGGCUGCUUUGGCUUUUAGAACAAAAUACGAAACUACGGUUACUAUUGUAAUGAGUACGGUGAUUGAUUUGGACUGUAAUUUUCUACAACAACAAAUAAAAACAACACUAUCAGUUAACUAACACAUAAUAUUACUCUUAUUCAUUUGAUUUUAGUUGGGAGGAUGUGCUGGGGACAUCUUGAUGAUUUCUUAUUUUGUUUAAAGAACUCAGAAAUGCACACAAUGCGAAAAAUCGUAUUUGUUUUUUUUUUUUUUUUUAUUUUGAAUUUCUUUUACAUUAUUGCAUAUAUAUCUUUUAAUUUUGAGUGUUUACAAAUAUUUGACACACAAAAUCUACAUAAUGUAUAUAAUAAUCUGAUAGAUAUACCCUGCUUGCAUAAUGUUCAACUUGUCAAUGACAAUCAACGUCGUAAAUCGUAAAUUUUGGUUUGGAAAUGAUUCAAAAUGAUGUCAGCAGUGAAGAUAUUUCGUGAUAAAUAAAUCAUGAUAAUUAA